AUGGGUGGGUGCUUUCCUUGUUUCGGAUCAUCGAACAAGGACGGCAACAGCAACGGCGGCGGCGGCGGAGCUGGAAGUGGCGGCAAAGAAGCUGUGAAGAAAGACUUGGUGAAGGAAGCCUCAGUUCCUCAGUCUCACCAUGUUAGUCGGGUCGGCUCAGACAAAUCGAAAUCUCGGGGUGGUUCUGAGUCUAAGAAAGAGCCGGCAAUCCCGAAAGAUGGAUCGACAGCUCACAUUGCAGCUCAAACGUUCACAUUCCGUGAGCUAGCUGCUGCCACCAAGAACUUUAGAGCCGAGUGCUUGUUGGGCGAAGGAGGGUUUGGGCGGGUGUACAAAGGCCGACUGGAAAGCAGUGGACAGGUAGUAGCAGUGAAACAACUUGAUCGCAAUGGGCUUCAAGGAAAUAGGGAGUUUUUGGUUGAAGUUCUUAUGCUUAGUCUCCUUCACCAUCCAAAUCUUGUAAAUUUAAUUGGUUAUUGCGCUGACGGGGAUCAAAGGCUUCUUGUAUAUGAAUACAUGCCCUUGGGUUCAUUGGAAGAUCAUCUACACGACCUUCCAGCAGACAAAGAGCCCCUGGACUGGAACACGAGAAUGAAGAUAGCAGCAGGCGCAGCCAAAGGGUUGGAAUACCUGCACGACAAAGCCAACCCUCCAGUCAUCUACCGAGACUUAAAAUCAUCGAACAUACUCCUCGACGAGGGGUUCCACCCGAAGCUGUCGGAUUUCGGGCUAGCAAAGUUGGGUCCUGUCGGUGACAAGACUCACGUCUCUACUCGUGUCAUGGGGACUUAUGGUUACUGUGCUCCUGAAUAUGCCAUGACUGGACAGCUCACAUUGAAAUCCGAUGUUUACAGCUUUGGGGUCGUGUUUCUCGAGCUCAUCACCGGGCGCAAGGCCAUCGACAACACCAGAGCCCCUGGAGAACACAAUCUCGUCGCAUGGGCGAGGCCACUUUUCAAGGAUCGAAGGAAGUUUCCGAAGAUGGCAGAUCCAUUACUCCAUGGGCGGUAUCCAAUGCGAGGGCUAUACCAAGCACUGGCAGUCUCAGCAAUGUGCUUGCAAGAGCAAUCUGCUACAAGGCCACUGAUAGGAGAUGUGGUAACUGCAUUGACAUAUCUAGCGUCCCAAACCUACGACCCGAGCGGCCCAACAAGUCAGAGUAACCGAGGGGGACCAUCUACACCGAGGAGCAGGGGAGACGGGACUGACAGCCCGGAUGGUCGUCUUGGUUCGCCCUCUGUUCACAGGAAUUCGCCCGACUACAGAAAGAGAGACCGCCACAGGGAGUUGGGCACAGGUCCAGAGUUGGGUUUUGGUGAAUCGGGCAGUGGUGGAGGUUCCGGUAGGAGAAGGGGUGGUAGUGGUGUGGAUGAGUUAGAGCGGCAGGACUCUCGGAGGGACAGUCCAGUGAACAGCGCCAGCAGAAUGAGGGAAGGCUCGAGGAACCGGGAUUUGGACAGGGAGAGAGCGGUGGCCGAGGCCAAGGUUUGGGGCGAGAACUGGAGGGAAAAGAAGCGGGCGAAUGCCGCGGGUGGUAGCUUCGAUGCUGGUAAUAGUAGUAACGAGUGA